CCCAGUGUCAGGUGUGUCCUGGGGCCCCAGAACAGCACUGUGCAUGGCACUGGAAGGCAUAAAAAUGAACCUUCCCAAAACUAAUGGCACACAACUCCAGCUCUGGCACAAAGAUAUUUUGGAUGGGCAGGAUGGCUUUUUGCCAUCCAAGCUUCAGAGUCUUGAGCAUUAAAAGAUGUUAAAACAAUCCUGCUGAUGGUUGAGGACCUGUCCUGUUACCUCCACUCACUUGGCACUGCCUCUGCUGCUUACUGCAGAAGGAUGAUACAAAGAUCCAGUCAGUGACAGGAAGACAGACAAAGAAAGCUCAAGAUCUUUGGGAAACUCCUGAGUGACAGAGCGGUGGACAGAGAGAGGGAGAGACAGUAACGGAGAGGACAAGAGGAAAACGCUCUGUUCGUCCUUUCCGCCACCACCACCACCCCGAUUUGCGGAGAGGGGUCGGGCCGAGCGGCGGCGGAAUCAGCCCCUUUCCCCAAGGAGGCGACCCCGGCUCGGGGAGCCGCCGGAGGCAGCCGCCGCGAAGAGGGGGCGCAGGAAAAGAGAUGCAUUGAAAGUUUCCGCGCAAACUUUGCCGUGAGUGCGCGAAACCGAGCGAGCGCGACGCGGGUGCCUGCCUGCCCCGACGCGGGGAGAGCGCCGCGGACGGGCGCCGCUGUGGAGCUCGGACUGCCCGGCGGCGGGGGCCGGGCGGCGGCAGGGCGGCCGCGGAGCCUGCGCUCGGCCCGGCGGAGCGCCCACGGAAAGCAGCAGCAGGGGCCGGCGGAGAGCCGGGCUUAUGGAGGGGUGAAACCGGAGACCCCGAAGAGGAACCCCCCUUACCCCGCAACCUUUCGCAGCGCCCGACCGGCGGCACCCCAGGAGGCGGCGGCGGGCACGGAGGAGGCGCGGGCGAGAGCGCGGCGGGGCGGCGGCGGCGGCAGCGGGGCGGCGGCGAGGCGGAGCACGGCGGGCCCCGCUUCGCGGCGUGCGCCGGCAACCAUGAACUUUCUGCUCACUUGGAUCCGCUGGGGGCUGGCGGCGCUGCUCUAUCUGCAGAGCGCGGAGUUGUCGAAGGCUGCGCCCGCCCUGGGGGAUGGGGAGCGGAAACCCAAUGAAGUUAUCAAAUUCCUGGAAGUCUACGAGCGCAGCUUCUGCAGGACUAUUGAGACCCUGGUGGACAUUUUCCAGGAGUACCCUGAUGAGGUGGAGUACAUAUUCAAGCCAUCCUGUGUGCCUCUGAUGAGAUGUGCGGGUUGCUGCGGCGAUGAGGGCCUAGAAUGUGUCCCUGUGGAUGUGUACAACGUCACAAUGGAGAUCAUGAGAAUUAAACCUCAUCAGAGUCAGCACAUAUCACACAUGAGCUUCUUACAGCACAGUAAAUGUGACUGCAGACCAAAGAAAGAUGUCAAAAACAAACAAGAAAAAAAAUCAAAGCGAGGAAGGGGGAAGGGUCAAAAGAGAAAGCGCAAGAAAGGCCGGUACAAACCACUCAGCUUAUGUGAAAAACCAAGACGGUGAGCAGCGGAAAAGAAGGGGAAACAGCCCUGUUUCUGGAGCCUGAUUUCUCGCCUGGACAGAAUAAAACAAAACAAAACACUAAUCCAAAUGAACCCUAAAAAUGAAGGAUCGGUAGAGCACAGCACUUUCAGUACGGACGAUGGACUCCGGAAGGAACAUUCCCCAAGGCACCCGCCGCACAGAAUUCACCUUUGGGUUUUGAACUGUUUUAUUUUAUUUUUCUUUUUAUGCUGCUAAAUAACAGAGCCAGGAAGACUUAUAGGGGUGUAUUUGAUGGGUUUUCCCAUGCAUACAUAUAUAUGUGUGUAUACAUGCAUAUACAUAUAUAUAUAUGUAUAUAUAUUUUAACCACAUCUAUAUAUACAUAUAUGUAUAUCUUAACCACACACACACACACAUAUAUAUAUAAUAUAUAUAUAUAUAUAUACUGAUUAUUUUUUUUAACAUUGCUAAUGUUAUUGGUGUCUUCACUGGAUAAUACUCGACUGCUGUGGACACAAGCGGGCUACUUGGGGCAUAAGAAACAAGCUAAGACUGGACUUGAGUAGAAGCGCUGGGUGUAAACUUCUUAACUCUAACUGACUUGUGCGGCCUCCGCUGUUUCUCUGUAGAGUGUGCUGUACCACAAACCACCUUCUCCUUGCCUGGGACAGGGAGGAGAGGUGAUGGAGAGGAUGGGCAGGGAGUUCCAAAGAGCGGCAUCCUAGGGUGCGAUGGGUCAAAGGCCAAGGAUAUGGCCAUCUCCGUGAUCAAGGAUUUCUCCUCCCCUCUCUUCCCCCAACCUUCGCCCUUACUCGUCUCAUAACCUGCCUGCCUUGCUGGGACAUGGGAUGUCAGUGUACAUUUUGCGUUGACUUUAUUCGCUGUAGAACCUUUGCCAGAGAGACAUGCUGGCUUCUCUUAAGGAUGGUGGGCAGCUGAUGCGCACUGACUUUCUGUUCAAGGAAUUAUCACAGGAGUCUAGAUUUCCCGCCCUUGGUGGCUGCAGAAGGACACAAGGUCUACAGUGUGCUGAAGCAAGAAUGGGGACCGGUGCAUAGCCACACAGUUGUUCAGCACUGUCUGCUUUCUUCAUGCACAGAGCUGCCACUCAAGAGCAUCCAAGAUGCUUAUGGAACAUUUCUGGAAAGGGAUAUUAAUCAGAAGUAUAUACACAGUAGUGGGGGUGUGUGUGUAUGUAUGUGAAUGUAUGCAUUUGUGUGUAUGUAUGUAUGUAUGUGUUUUUCUCUCUUUUUUAUAUAUAUAUAUUUAUUUUUAUACAUAUAUAUAUAUAAAAAAUAAUAUAUAUGUAUGCCAAGAUUGAAGGGGGGAAAAAAGAAAGCAACUUUUGCUGCCUUCAGUUUGUGUGCCCAGUGUGAAUGGCCCUUAAGAACGUCUAAAUUUUUUUUUUUUUAAUGACGUACUGUAAAUAUCAGGCCCCUUUUCCAUGUCUUGGGCUGGGGAAUCAAAUGUGAAGACAGCUGGAGUCCCUUAGCUGUGUCAUGAGGUUCUUGGCUAUGUGUGUAUCUGCAGUGUAGGCUGUGGUGUACGUGAAACCCACCUUACACACGCGCGCACACACACACACCCCUGAAAGUGUGUUUGUACAUCUAUGUGGAUAUAUAUAAUCUAGUUCUGUGAUUAAAAUUAUUAUUAAUAAUAAUAAUAAUCAAAAAGGUACUCGGUCUGUGUCAGAAUGCUGCCAAACAUCAUCUGCAAUUGAAUUUUCAACGCCUGAUAAUGUACAACACGGAAAGCUUCCAAAAAGACAAGACAGUCUAAAAACAGACUCACAACAAGUGACUACUAACCACUAGGAUCUCCCCAUCCGACUGAUGGCUUUCAGAAGGAGAGAAAACACACGGGUGGGUGCUUGCAUCUGCAAUGUAGAAUACUCAUGCUGCAUCGUGUGCAAGACAGAGGCUUCCGAUUGGGGGAGGGAAGAGAAAGUGUUUUAUAUACUUAUUUAAUAUCCCUUUUUAAAUUAGAAAUUAAACAGAUAAUUUAAUUAAAGAGUAGGGAUUUUUCAGUAUUCUUUGUUAAUAUUUAAUUUCAACUAUUUAUAAGCCGUACCUCCUUUUUUUUUUUCUUUUUUUUUUUUCUUUUUUUUUUUUUCUUUUUUUUUUUUUUUUUUGUACUGGUUGUGUAUAAAUUUAACCUUCCUGUUGUCCCAUCCCGUCUCUCCCCAAUUGUUGGCAGAGUCAGUAGCAUGUUAUGGGCAGUUAUUUAAUUAAUUUCUCUAACACCUACCCCUACACAUUCCUAUUGAGACAACGGUUAGAUAUACAUCUACAUACUAUAUAUAUAUUUGGCUAUGUGUUUGUAUAUAUAUAUAUGUUUAUGUAUAUGUGUGAUUCGGAUUAAAUAGACACUACAAUUUUUUUAUAUAUGUAAAAAGAAGAAACAGGAAAAAAUAGAAAAUUCUACAUCUUGAAUCUCUCUCCUUUUUAAUUUUAAUAUUUGUUAUCAUUUUAUUUAUUGGUGCUACUGUUUAUCUGUAAUAAUUGCGGGGAAAAAAGAUAUUAACACUACAUAUUGUGUCUAGUGAAUUUUUUCAAGAUAUUCCUUAGUACAUAUUUAUUUUUAAACAAAGAAAUUACAGAUAUAUCUUAAAACAACAACGACGACGACAAACAAACUUUUUUUUGUAUUAAAGAAUUUAAUUCUGACCUUGA